AUGUCGGCCGAAGAAAACAUCAACACACCCGCUCCGGGCAAGGAUAGGAAAAAGAGCAAAGAGUCCAAAAAGAGCGCCGAAGAAGGGAGCGGAGGUGAGCACGACACGGGCGAGAAAUCGGUAUCGAGCGGGGACGAUGAGGUUUCAUUGGUCGACGUUGUACAGCAGAGUUUUUUCAAAGAGUUGAUGAGCAAGGCGGAACGGAGGACGAAGGAGCUCAAGUUAAACAUGAUGUCGCAGCUGAGCGAGGUUUUCAGGUUGUUCGAUAUAGAUCGCGAUGGCGUCAUUGGGGAGACCGAUUUGAAGUUUACCUUUUCGUCGCUCGGGGAGACUAACGUGCCGGAGGAGAAAAUAAAGAACAUGCUCAACGAGUGCCCCUGUCCCGUGGAUUUCGAGGCGUUUGUUGGUUUGUUCGAAUCCAAGGAGAUGGAAUUCGACUCCGAGAUCGAGUUGAUAAAAGCCUUUGCCAAGUGGGAUAGUCAAUACAAUGGCUUAAUUGUGGAGGAAAAGAUAAAAAAUGAUCUUAUGAGGAGGGGGGAUAGGUUUUCAGAGAAAGACGCGGAUAGAGCUUUGGAGGAGGCGCCGAUUUACGACCAGGCAGGCGAUCCCUCGAUAGACUACAUCGAGUUUUGUGCCAACCUUUGUGGCUUCCAGAACGCGAGAAACAGCGAAUUGUUUCAAGAAAAACGCUCGAGAAGUAGCUUCAAAAACUAA